UCAUGAGCACCAAUCGUGGCUUUAAGUCCUUGAUUAGAAGAGUGCAAGAGCUUUUGGUCCCAACUGGCUGUGCCUAUAGGCUUGUCACUGGGAGAGAACCACGACUCUACGCGUCCUGUUAAUUGCGCCGCUUAAGUGACGGGACGGCACGAGGAGGACGGGACGAGAUCAAGAGGGAGGAAGAAAGAAAGACAGAGAGAAAGAGAGGGACACAUAUAUAUAGAGAGAGACAGAAAGAUAGAGAAACUUUGCUUUCUAGAAGCCCGAACUCAAACAAUGGUCACUGAGUGCAAAUGGAUUCAGUAGAACUUUCGAUGCCUGAGUGUUUCUCGUUGCACUCUGAACAAGAAAUGAAUGUAUCAAAGGCCCAGGUUAAUAGCGAAGAUAAGUACGGCAAAUGCGGUGCAUGGAGAAUGCAACAGCAUUACAACGUCGAUACGCGUGCACUCUAUAACCAAAGGCUGCUUUGCAGAAUGUCCAGCAAGGACCGCCACAUUGAGUCGAACUGCCCAUCGUACAUCAAGACGGAACCCUCUAGCCCAGCCUCGCUGACCGACAGCGUCAACCACCACAGCCCCGGAGGCUCCUCUGAUGCCAGCGGCAGCUACAGUUCUGCAAUGAACGGCCACCAGAACGGUUUGGACUCGCCCACGCUGUAUGGCCCGGGAGGCACGCUGGGGCCCAAUGGCACUGGCGCCAAGCGAUACGAAGACUGCUCGAGCACCAUCGGUGAAGAUUCGCAGAUCAAGUGCGAAUACAUGCUCAACUCCAUGCCCAAGCGCCUGUGCCUGGUGUGUGGCGACAUCGCGUCGGGGUACCACUAUGGCGUUGCCUCGUGUGAAGCCUGCAAGGCCUUCUUCAAGAGAACCAUUCAAGGCAACAUUGAGUACAGCUGUCCGGCCACCAACGAGUGUGAGAUCACCAAGCGCAGGCGGAAGUCCUGCCAGGCUUGCCGCUUCAUGAAGUGUCUGACUGUCGGGAUGAUGCGGGAAGGAGUACGGCUGGACAGAGUGCGUGGUGGCAGACAGAAAUACAAACGCCGGAUAGAUGCAGAGAAUAGUCCCUAUCUGAACCCACAGCUGGCUCUGCCGCCCAAAAAGCCAUUCCCCUUUGGCUGCCUUGCAGAUAAUAAGAUCGUGUCACACUUGCUGGUGGCCGAGCCUGAGAAGAUCUAUGCCAUGCCGGACCCGACUGUUCCCGACAGCGAUAUCAAGGCUUUGACCACGCUGUGCGACUUGGCAGACCGGGAACUGGUGGUCAAUAUUGGCUGGGCCAAGCACAUCCCAGGUUUCUCCACGCUGUCGCUGGCUGAUCAGAUGAGUCUGCUGCAGAGUGCAUGGAUGGAGAUCCUGAUUCUGCGUGUCGUCUACCGGUCACUGUCAAUCGAGGACAAGCUGGUAUACGGAGACUACAUCAUGGAUGAGGACCAGUCCAAGUUGGCCGGCUUGCUGGACCUGAACAACGCCAUCCUGCAACUGGUGAAGAAGUACAAGAGCAUGAAGCUGGAGAAGGAGGAGUUUGUAACUUUGAAAGCUAUAGCGCUUGCAAAUUCAGACUCCAUGCACAUAGAGGACAUAGAGGCGGUGCAGAAGUUGCAGGAUGUGCUGCACGAGGCGCUGCAGGACUAUGAGAGCAGCCAGCACCCCGAGGACCCACGGCGCGCCGGGAAGCUGCUCAUGACGCUGCCUCUGCUGCGCCAGACGUCCACAAAAGCCGUGCAGCACUUCUACAGCAUCAAACAGGACGGCAAGGUGCCUAUGCACAAACUCUUCCUGGAGCUGCUCGAGGCCAAAGUCUAGCUCGGCCUCCCCCCGCCUCGCCCAGAGCGGGAGUGGGCUGGGCGUACCCACAGGCACUCUGACUACACAGCCAGGCGGUUCUUUUUUGCAAAACGUUUCUCCAUAAAACGCCGGUAUCUGAUAAUAUCCUAAACGACUGACGUUAUUCUACACGCAUAAAAGAACAACAGAAAAAAAACCGAAAGAAAACGUGGUUGUUGAGAGGAAAACGUGGUUGUUGAGAGGAAAAAGAUAUGAACAAUAGGACAACACAAAAGACCAUUAUUGUUCUCCAGCAGGACUUGGACCCAGCUUCUGACUUUGUUCUUCUCUAAAAGCCGGCGCAGUUUUUAGAGCUUUCAAGAAACAUUUUUGUUGAUUUACAUCUGAGAAUUAAGCGAAUAAAAAGAUCUAAGAACGAUUGAAAAAAACCCCUGCCAAAGGAAGGAGUUCCACUGAGUGGGAUGCCAAUGAAACUGUAACGUCCCAAAACCCACAUCUGACAGUCCCUCUUUAACAAGCGGCUACACCCGAACAGCAGGCAGUAGUGUCCCACCUGACCUCACAAGAGCAGAUCGACAGCGCAUUCGCCAAACAGAGAUUUCGUUCGUUUGUUGGUUGUUUGGUUGGUUUACUUCCAGCUUCUUCUUCGUCUUCUUCUUCUUCUUCUUCUUCUUCACCCUCUCCCCAAUCCCUUCCUUUCUUCCCCAUCUGAAAAAGCUGCUCCUAGUUCCUCCUUCAUUUAAACCACGAGCGGUCACCAAGGACUUCGAUUUCCCAAUCCACAAGCCCCUACCACCCCUACCCCCCAGCCCGAGUCUUCCGAACACUUCGAGCCACUUUUUAAUGAUUUUACCAUGAUCUUUUUUCAGGGAAUCUCCUGAGCAUUAGUCUCUCAUGCAAUACAAACCUGAGGUACUGUAGUGGACAAGGAACAAGACUCGUUUCUUUACAGCUAAUUUUUUGCUGCGCUUUAAUCUCAGUGCAUUUAUACUGAAGGGUGUAAAUACGUAGUUAUGACGUCAUCGGAGCGUCCGAUCACAUGACGAAAACUGAAAUCGUUUUUUUUUUCCUUUUCUUCUUUUUCUUUUUCGACACUUGCUAUCUUCUCUAAGCAAUAGAGGUUUUAAACGGGAGGAGUGUACAUUUAUGCAAUUUCUGUUCCGUGUUGUUUUUUUUAAUUAUUCCUAUUAUAAUUCGUUUGUUUUUUGGAAACUAUAUCUUGCAGCUUUAAUGUUUUCCUUUUAUGCGGUCGAUACAGUAUGAUAUUCGAGCUAAUUCACGGCAGCCAUGAGGACCAUGCACAUGAACCCAACACGAUGAUACGUACGCAUUUGUAAUCAUACCACCGAACUUACUUUUACUGAUAUCAUUUCAUCCAAGCAGUAUAUUAGCACUUAGAAAGAAAACACGACUGCAGUUUUACGGGCUCCCGACCAAACAGGGCCGUGAGAUCACGAUAUAUUCUACAAUAUGGCAGAUUUUUUCUCAUCAUAAAUAUGUCAGUAUUAGUAGGUCUAUGGGGGUAUUUUCCUGAAUAUUCUUUGACAUUGUAUAUUGUAAAUGAACAGAUUAUAAAAACUAACCCGAGACAUUUUAUUGGAAUGAAAAUAUAAAAAAAAAAAUAAUCAGCUUCUUCGUGUUUCAGGUCUGUAAUUUCUUUACCUGAACGUCGUUUUUCCUUUCGUUUCCUUCUUCCUUUUUUUUCCCAUAUGAUGAUGUGCUCGUAUUCUCACAAUGAUGAUUCCAUUUCCUUUGUUUUUUUUUUUUUGUGAUGUCCACACUAUUUAUUUAUUUUUUUUUAGUUCAAGACAGGGUAGAAACAGAGACACUACUGGAUGUAUGAAUCCUCAGGAGACAUGGAUGAUGGGUUUCAAAUAACUUUCUGGCAUAAAGGACUUUCGCGAAGUCACCGCUCGAUCGGCAGUUUCAUGAUCAAUGUAAAUCUAUACUGAUGUAUAAGUGAUUAACAGUUAUUUAAAGGAAGAAGCAACAUAUAUUUAAAAAAAAAAAAAGGGGGGGGAUCAUUUUAUCGAACUACUUUCAUGUAGACUAACACUGUAUAUCAUAGGUAUAAAAUAAAAAAAAAUGCUUUUGAGUAUCUCCAAAUGGUAGUGAAUAUUUUUUACUAUUAUUAUUAAUUUUAUUAUUAUUACUUUUCAUUUCAUUUUAUUUUUUUAAUUUAUCAUCCUGCUGUACAUAAGGCCUAUCAUGCUGAGCGACUCUUGUAAUAUUAUCUUUGAAUCCUUGAGGCUGCAAAGGAAAAAUGUUAUUUGUUUUCGGUGUAGGAUCCACUUUUUAACACUCUCGCUUCAACUUUGUGUGCUGAAUAAAAAAAAAACAAAAAAAACAUUAAGAGGUAAAAAAAAAAAAAAAGAUAAAUCAUUCUUUGAAUGAAGCAGGGAUAAGGGUUUUAUUUCUUUUUUUUCUUUCCUCCUGUCUGUGUUCUUUAAAUACUGUGUAAAAAUUGUCAUUCGCUAUACACCAAUCUUUUCAUCUAGAGCGUGGAGAGUGUAAAGUUAUUCUGGAUGUUGGGUCAUGGCUUCUUGUCUGAUGGUCAAAAAAAACGGAUCUUGUUUGGAUGUUGCCAUUUUCAUUUGUUUGGUAUA